ACCACCAUGUUCUCUGCUGCUCGUUCUCUCCGCUCUGCUGUUCCCCGGGUUGGCCAAUAUGCCUCCAUACCACGGCACACGGUUGCGCGAAACAUGAAUUCCAAAGUCAAUGGCCCCGUAGUCGGUAUUGAUUUGGGCACGACAAAUUCAUGCGUGGCGGUCAUGGAAGGCAAAAGUGCCCGCGUCAUCGAGAAUGCGGAGGGUGCAAGGACAACUCCGUCAGUGGUUGCCUUCACUCAGCACGGGGAGCGUUUGGUUGGCCUUCCCGCCAAGCGUCAGGCAGUCGUCAACUCGGUUAACACCGUUUUUGCCUUCAAACGUCUGAUUGGUCGCCAAUUCAAGGACAAGGAAGUUCAAGACGACAUGACUCACUGGCCUUUCAAAAUCGUGGCAAAGCCCGAUGGCCGUCCUGUUGUUGAGGUUCAGGAUAAUGGCACCAAGACCUACUCUGCUGAAGAGCUCUCUUCGAUGGUUCUUGUCAAGAUGAAGGAAACUGCGGAACAGUACCUCAACAAGAAGGUUAACCACGCCGUGAUCACCGUCCCGGCUUAUUUCAACGACGCUCAGCGACAAGCUACCAAGGAUGCGGGUCAAAUUGCUGGCCUCGAUGUCCUCCGCGUGAUCAACGAACCUACAGCAGCCGCUCUGGCGUACGGUCUCGAUCGGGCAGAUUCGUCGGUCAUUGCUGUUUACGAUUUGGGCGGCGGCACUUUCGAUAUCUCUAUUCUGGAAAUGCAGAAGGGAGUAUUUGAAGUAAAGUCAACCAAUGGAGAUACUCAUCUGGGUGGUGAAGACUUCGACGUGGUUCUAGUGGAGCACCUUCUCAACGAGUUCAAAUCGGAAUCGGGCAUGGAUCUCAAGAAUGACCGAAUGGCCAUCCAACGUGUUCGUGAAGCUGCCGAGAAGGCCAAGAUUGAAUUGUCGUCGACCACGCAAACCGAAAUCAAUCUUCCUUUCAUCACAGCUGACGCCUCGGGUCCAAAGCAUGUUAACAAGAAGCUGAAUCGUUCUCAGUUUGAAGCUCUCGUCGGUCCUCUUGUUCAACGCACCAUUGAGCCUUGCAAGAAAGCUCUGAGUGACGCCGGUGUCAAGGCUCACGAGAUUAACGAGGUUAUCCUUGUCGGUGGUAUGACUCGCAUGCCCAAGGUCGCCGAAACCGUCAAGAGCAUCUUUGGUCGGGAGCCUAGCAAGGGCGUCAACCCUGACGAGGCGGUCGCCAUCGGUGCUUCCAUCCAGGGUGGCGUGCUGGCAGGGAACGUGACCGACAUUUUGCUUCUUGAUGUAACACCUCUGUCUCUCGGUAUCGAGACGCUCGGUGGUAUCAUGACCAAGUUGAUCAGCCGGAAUACUACCAUCCCAACCAAGAAGUCUCAAGUGUUCUCUACUGCCGCUGAUGGACAAACUGCCAUUGAGGUCAAGAUUUACCAGGGCGAGCGAGAGCUUGUUCGGGACAACAAACUCCUUGGAAAUUUCAAUCUGGUUGGCAUUCCUCCUGCCCCUAAGGGUGUCCCUCAAAUUGAGAUCACCUUUGACAUCGAUGCUGACGGUAUUGUCAACGUUGGGGCGAAGGACAAGGCUACAGGCAAGGACCAGUCAAUGACCAUCGCCUCAUCAUCUGGCCUCAGCGACAAGGACAUUGAGAAGAUGGUUGCUGAUGCUGAACAAUUUGCCGAGACUGAUAAGGCUCGCAGGGCCUUGAUUGAAGAGGGAAACAAAGCUGAUUCUGUCUGCGCUGAUACCGAGAAAGCCAUGACCGAGUUUAAAGACCAGCUUGACGCAACGGAGAAGGAUAAGGUCACCAAGCUCGUCAGUGAGCUGCGUGAGCUCGCAGAGAAGGCCAAGGUUGGAGAUGCUUCGGUCACCGCUGACACCGUUCGGGAGAAGAUUAGUGAGACACAACAGGCGUCGUUGGGUCUCUUCCAAAAGGUAUACGAGAAACGUGCUGCUGAGAAUGCCUCUUCUGAGCAACCUUCCGAGCCUAAGGAGGAGAAGAAGGAUUAG